ACAAAGCCAAAGCUAGUUUGAGGUCGUCGUUAACUAUGAAGUCCCAAUUCAAUUCCAAAUAUUCAGGUUUUGAAAUUUUUUAAUCCAAUAAACGCAUCGACAAGCCUGAAGCGUAUAGCCGUUGGGCCAAAUUCACGAAAACUUGAAGCCGUUUCGUAAUACAUAUUCCAGUUAAACGCCAAACGUUUUACAUGAACCAGCGACGAGGCGUCUACACUAGUGACUAUCUCACUCGAGACCUCAGGAACAUUCACGAGGCGCCGUCACAAGCAACAACAGUAAGUAACGGAGUAUAAAUAAACCGUCGCCACCAACAGCAGCCUGAGUACCAAACCGGAGUGAACACAGCCAUGACGUGGCAGCCACCGUCUGACGCCGAUCCCUUCACCUCCAUCUUUUCCCAGACUCACUCCCGUAUACCAGAAGACACUGUGUUCUACGCUAUCUUCCCGGAUUCUUCCCUUUCCGAUUCAUUCUCUUCCUCUUCUGCUCCUUCACUCUCCCUCCAAUCUCUUCACCUUGAAAUCCUUAACUUUCUCUCUCCUUAUACUUCUUCUUACAUAUGGCAACACGAACCUUUCUCUCUUUCUAUUUCUUCUUUCUCUUCGCCUUCUUGUCUCUGCACUUCUACAUCUCCUUUACCUCAUCUCCACGGCAAGCUUCGUUUCGGCGACAACAUAGAGGAUGAAUGGUUCGUCGUCUUCCUCCUCUUCCUUAUCUCCGGCCAAUUCCCUUCCCUCUCUAUACGUGUAUGGGACAACGACGGCGAGUUCCUUCUCAUUGAAGCUGCUUUUCAUCUCCCUCGUUGGAUUGACCCGGAAACCAGUAGUAAUCGUGUCUUUAUUCGCCGUGGCGAUCUACAUAUUGUUCCGAGAAGCCGGUUAGCUAACCCGAGUUUAAUUGACUCGUUGAAAUAUUUGGUGCAUUAUGAAAACGAAUCGAUAGCAGCUGAGCCUGUCCAAAAAGCCGUGAAGCAUCGAAUUUCGGAUUAUCCGGAAAGAGCCAGACGGAAUAUUCAUCAGGUUAGGAUUAGGGUUCCAACAUCAGUGGCACAAGUCCUCAAGCACGAGCCUUGUUUGAUCUCAUUAGCAGUGGAGGGGUUUUACGAUAGAGAUAUUGAUACAAUGAAGUAUGCAGCGAAAAUGGAAAAGUUUCUUAGUAGAGGGAGAGAGGAGGAGCUGGUAUGUAUUACGGUUAAGAUGUCCAGAGCUAUGUAUGCCCAGUUAAUGCAGCAGAAAUUUCAGGCGCCCAAGUGCUAUCCUAUGCCAAUUCGAGGAGAUGAUAUGGGCGCCUACUCGGAGGCGGAGUUGGGAAUGAAAAUUGCUUGUGGGUUCGAAAUGAUGUAUCAACUGAGGAGGAAGGAGGGAAAGGAAGGGAAAGGGAGUACCUGGAACAAGUACAAGGAAACCUUGGAGACGAGUGGCUAUUUUGAAGGAUUUUUGCCGGGCUCAAAGGAGUAUAAGAGGUUGAUGGAGAAGGCCGAGGAGUAUUACUGGAACAGUAGUUUAUUUUCAAGAACAAGUGAAAUGAUGAAUGCGCCGGUGAGACGAAUUGAUGAGAUUCUUGCUAUACCAUACUCAGCUGAUGAUUUCCGGAACCAGGAGCUUCCUCCUUCUGAUGAUGAUUCUUGGCUUUACAAUGGAGAGGAUGAGUUAAACACUGCUCUUGAAGAAAGACAAAAAGAGAUGGAUCUUUAUAAUGCUAAACAUAAGAAGAAACAGAAGUUGAAAGAUGCACAGGACGCUGGUCCUUCAUCUGAUGCCAACUUUGAUGAUUUUGAUCUUGGUGAUAUUGCAAAAACUAUGCAGGCUUUUGUGGACAAGGUGUCAAGCUACAAGGGAGCAGAGGUUCCAGAAAACAGGAACCUUAAAGAAGUGGACCUUGAUGUUGACCGCUUCUUAAAGGACAUGGAAUCAGUGAUCAAACGUCAUAGCCCUCAAGAUAAAGCUAGUGAUGUUGAUACCGAAGAAGCAUCGUCAUCAGACAUGGAAUUUGAUGAAUCAGAAGAUGGGAGUGAUAAUAUGGAACCGUAUGUGGAGAACGAUGAUGGAGAGGAUACUUUCAUGCAUACCUAUACAGAUGCUAUGAAUGAGGAACUGAAGAAUACCACUCUUGAGAAGAGCUUUAUUCGUGCAAAUGAUCACUCCAAUAAAAAGGAGGGGACAUCAAAUGCUCCGGAAGCCAUGGAUGAAGAAUUCACACCUGUAGAUGUGGAUGUUAACCUGGUGAAGAGCUUGCUAGAUUCAUUUUCUUCCCAACAAGGACAUGCUGGUCCAGCUUCCAAUCUACUUGGGCUCAUGGGUCUACAGCUCCCACAAGAUGCGAACAAAAGCAAAUGAAAAAUACAUCUGGUGUUGUCGAAUCUCUGUAUUUUUUGUGCAAGAAGGUUUAAUGCCAUUGAUAUUGUAAGGUAGGUGACCCACGCGCGCAACUUCAGUAUCAACUGAAUCUCUUAAAUAGCAUAUAGCAGAGCAGCACCUGAUACGCGAGCAACCCCAUACCAAGGUUUUGAACAGUACAGUAUGUUGUAAAUAGCAGCUAUAUUUGUUUGAUGUUGUUUUGGUUGAAGCGUUGGUCUUUAUCCGUCAUAGUGUCUUGGGCGCGCGAGCUUAUGGUCUGUCUUUUGGAUUCAUUAAACGUUGUUAUGUUAGGAAACAUGUCAAGAUAAUUGUUUGAUUUAGAGAAGGAUGAUCCUUAUUUUUUCUGAAAUGUAUUGUAAAAAUUUAACAAGAAAAAACAAAACCCCAGUUUUCGAAA